GCUCGGCACGUCUAUCGAACGGGCCCUGAUACGCCUGCUCUGUCUUCGUACUGGCAGUAGCCUUCUGUCAACCUUGACUCUUGAUAUACUGCUAUACCAUACCGCUACAGUCGCAAGCCUUGUCUGAGUAAAGGACGAGAGUGAAGACAGACAAACGCGUGCACCUGACAGACGUUGCUUUGCUCCUUCCCUCGCUUAUGGCGCCGCUUUCACAGCUCUAACCCAUGGAGCAUGAGCCAUUCUUCGUCGAACAUUCAUCAAGUGCCACCGCCUCAAGAGUAACUCGCUCUGCAGCGAGACUUGCCGCCUCCGCCUCUCCUACCAUCCCUACCGCCGCCGAUACAACUUCAAACUCUUCUCUACCUCGCCCUUCAUCAACCACUACCUCCUCCCGCAAGCGCAAGCAGGCCCAGGACGACCCACCCCCACCUGCAUCUCCCGACACCGCCCCACCCCGCCGAUCUAAGAGAGCUCGUCUUGCCGAACCUACCUCUGCCUCGACUCAGCCAUCCAAGCGCCCUAAGAACAUGUCUUCGUCCAGCCACGAUGAAGAUGAUCUCUCUCGUUCUGCCGUGAACAGGUCCAAGCUAUCUCCCACAUCGCCUGAUGAGCAUGCCUCCACAAGCAAACGCAAGUCGAGCCGCAGAAAGAGCACUAACCAAGCUGCCCAAUCUGCUCAGUCCUCAUCGUCGCGCAAGCCUUCAAAGAAGUCCUCACACAAGAAGGCCCAAGACGCCUCAUCGAGCCGUGUCGAGCCCGAGCCCGAACCCGAACCACCACGUAUGCCCGUUGAUGAAGAAGACGACGAAGACGAUCAGGAGGAUGACGAUGACGACGAGGGAGAUGAGGACGAGGCCGCCGCCGCCGCUGCACACGGAUACUCUGGAGAUGGCGACCCGGACGACGACCCUUUCUCUGGUGCCUUCCUCGGCCGCGGUAUGCCCCCAGGCUUAUCAAGUACCCUUCGCGCCCUUACUGGUAUGAUGUCGGGUAUGACCACACGUUUGCGAGGCAUUUUGGAGAACCUCCGUGCAAAGGACGAUCCUUCGGUGCAGAUGAUCGCUCUCACCGAGCUCUCAGAAAUUCUGCUCGUCUCCAACGAAGACAACCUUGCUGGUCACUUUUCGCCGGACUCGUUCGUUAAGGAGUUGGUCGAUCUGAUGCAACCGAACGACUUCACAGGCGAAGAGAACCCCGAGAUGAUGCUCUUGGCUUGCAGAUGUAUCGCAAACUUGAUGGAAGCUCUUCCCCAGGCUACUGCAAGCGUCGUCUAUGGUGGUGCCGUACCUGUUCUUUGCCAGAAGCUCAUCGAAAUACAAUACAUCGAUGUCGCUGAGCAAGCACUCAGCACACUGGAAAAAAUCUCGGUAGAGUUCCCUGCCUCUAUUGUUCGCGAAGGUGGCCUCAGCGCUUGCCUGACCUACCUCGAAUUCUUCGCCACCAGCACCCAGAGAAGCGCCGUCACUACUGCCGCAAACUGUUGCAGAAACCUUGCCGAAGACUCGUUCUCCACUGUCCGCGAUGUCAUGCCUACCCUUCUCAUCGUCCUAUCGAGUAGUGAUCAACGGGUCGUUGAGCAGGGCUCCCUUUGUGUCUCCAGAAUUGUAGAGAGCUUCAGAUACCAAGAGUCCAAGCUUGAAGAGCUAGUCAGUGCCGACCUGCUCAAGGCCGUCUUGAGACUGCUCCUUCCUGGUACAACAACCAUGAUUGGACCCAACAUUCAUACUCAGUUCUUGCGCGUCUUGUCCAUCACCGCAAGAGCCAGCCCACGCUUGGCUGUUGAGCUGCUACGCAUGAACGUUGUCGAUACUCUUUAUCAGAUUCUAACUGGAGUCUCGCCCCCUGCCAGCAAUGACGAUGUUGCCAUGAAGAUUGAUAAGAACAUCAUUAUGCAAGCUCUCAUCCGUACACCACGCGACCAGAUCUUUGAGACUCUGAACGUUGUCUGCGAGAUCCUUCCCAGCGUUUCACCAGACAACCUCAUGUUCAUCAACGACCUUACUGACGCAGGCAACACCGGCCCAGGAAAUGUCUCUAUGGGCACUCGUGCUCGCAGGUCGCCGAAUGACAACCGUCUCGAAUUGCUGCAAGAAUGCCAGCCUGAAGUUCGCCGUUUUGCUGUGAUACUGUUCCCAACCUUGAUGCAUGCUUACACCAGCACUGUCAACCUGAGUGUCAGACAGAAAGUGCUUACUGCCCAGCUUAAGAUGCUUUCUAACUUCGACAUUGGCGUCCUUGAGGAAGCACUUUCAGGCGUCGCUUAUGCUUCACAUCUUGCGUCAAUACUUACACAACAAGAGGACCCAAUGCUCGUCACAUUCGCAUUGCAAGUUGCAGAGCUGCUCCUCAAGCGCUUGGAGUCUAUUUACCGUCCUCAAUUCUAUCGCGAAGGCGUCAUGGCCGAGGUCACGAAGCUUGCUCAGCGAGAGCUGGCCCCUGCUAAGUCGACUGAGACCGAGACCGAGAACAGCUCAGCACCCCAAGUCGAUGCACCAUCAUUCUCCGCGGAGCUCCCCGUGAGGCCAGAGCAAGUCGACGAAGACAACGAAGAGCCAGACGAACCCGACUAUCCGGAUGAAGAGUCGGUCGGAGAUCACGACGAAGAUAACGAAGAUCAAGACGAUGAGGAUGAUGAUGACUCGGAGUCAGAAUCUGGAGCAAGAAAGUUGCACACACCCCCUACUGCUAGUGUCCAAGACGUCAUCACAUCUCGUGCUCGCAAAUUUGUCGAGGCCUACCAAAAUGAUGGUGGUCUUGGUGAAGCAUCAAGGGCUUUGACUGAGCUCAAGCAACUCGCAGAAGACCUUCGCCAAUGCUACACCUUCAACAACUUGGCGGAAGGUCCCGCUCUCUUCAAACGUCUCGCCAAACACUUUGACGGCGAUACUCCCGAGACCAUCACGAGCUACGAGUUGCUGACCUCAGAUAUCGUCUCAACUUUGCUCGAAAUCUUCAAGUCAUCAGACAGCCACACGGGUAGAGCUGCGAGAUCAGCCUUCUUGGAUGCCUUCAUGUCGCAAAGCGGACAGACCAAGGUAAUCACUGGCAGCGCGGUCUCACCGGCUACUGCAUUUAGUGCCUUGGUCCACAAGCUCCAAGAUCUGCUAAGCCGCACGGAACACUUUGAGGUGAUCACUGUCCAUCAAAACCCAUCCGACAGCAGCAGAAGCGGUGCAGCAUCGAUGCUUGCCAAACAACUACGCAUCAAGCUAUCAGCUGACGACGAGUCUGGAAUUCCACGCCCGUACAGGAACAUAAUGGUGUCUAUUCAUGCCAUUGCUACCUUCAGAGCUCUUGAUGACUAUCUUCGCCCCCGUAUCAGUAUUGCUGAGAGAACUGUGCGUAGCCGCGAUGCAUUAGCCAAUUCUCUUGCUGAAGCUGUUGGUCGUGAAAACGGAAACGCCACAGAAGGGGCUUCGACUCCUCCCGGAAGCGAUCUAAGAAGCUCUUCCUCCAAACGUGCUCACAAGAGAUCCUCAAGGCCCGACAGCACUCCACAGAACAGUGGUGAUGCUACCAGCCGUCUACGUAGAUCUUCGCGUAAGGUUUCGCAGAAAGACUCUCCUGAGCGUGAGACUUCGUCGCCGAAGGAACAUACUGGUGCGGCCGAAGACGACCAGCAACAGCUGGAAUGUGCUGACGAGGCCGCUCUUUCUGACGAAGAUGGAGAGGACGAUGAGGAUCUCGACGCCAUCGUAAACGACUUUGAUGACGAAGAUCAAGAGAUGGAAGAUGCGGACCAGGACACUUCGGCGGUUAACCUGGAGGUCGCUAACAGUGGCAAGGUGACAGCUCGCAAGGAGGAUGGCACGCGCAUCAGUACUCCGCUACAAGGCUCACAGCAAUCAGCAACUUCUCGUGCUUCUGCUUCUGCCAAACUUGCUGCGGCACGGGAGCUGCUCUCUACGCCUACCUCUCAAUCUCAGUCGAGGCCUGCUUCUUACGCUUCUGCAAUUCAGCCUGUCCCCCAGGAUUGGCACAUUGAAUUCAGUGUCGAUGGCCAACCACUGUCGAACGACACUACAAUUUACCGCGCUGUGCACUUCAAUCAGACACAUCCCGAUGAGGUCUCGAGCCGCAACAUCUGGUCAACGCUGCACAAGAUCUCUUUCAGACGUGUACCAGGUCCUCCCCCUGCAGAGCCCAGUACGCUCCAUACAUCAACUGAUGUCCCCGCUGCAACCACUUCGGAACUGCCACCCUCACUCAGUCAGCACCCUGCAACCGCUGCUAUCCUGCGUUUGAUGAGCACUUUGCAUGACAUGAACGCAAACCUGGAGGACAUCAUUGCGGAUGAUCAAAGCAACGACAUCAAGUUGAGCUCGGAGCCCUUGGCCCAAUUCGUCAACACUAAACUGACAGCUAAGCUCAACCGACAGCUCGAAGAACCCCUGAUCGUGGCUAGUAACUGCCUUCCUACAUGGAGUGAAGAUCUUGCUCGUCUUUAUCCCUUCUUAUUCCCCUUCGAGACCAGGCACUUUUUCCUGCAGUCAACCUCGUUCGGCUACUCAAGAUCUAUGACUAGGUGGCAGAAUGCCCAGUCUGAGACCGAGUCAAGACGCCACCGUGAUGAGCGACCUUUCCUCGGUCGUCUGCAGAGACAAAAGGUCCGAAUUUCUCGUAGUAGAAUUCUUGAAUCUGCCAUCAAGGUCAUGGAGCUUUAUGGAUCGUCUCCAAGCAUCCUUGAGGUUGAGUACUUCGAAGAGGUCGGUACUGGUCUUGGCCCGACCCUCGAGUUCUAUUCCACUGUGUCGAGGGAGUUCUCAAAGAAGAAAAUCAAGCUCUGGCGUGAGAAUGAAUCGAUCGCUGGUGACGACUAUGCCUUUGGCAUGCGCGGUCUGUUUCCUGCACCCAUGAGUGAUGAGCAAUCGAAUAAGGAGAAUGGAAAGAGAGUACUUCAUCUGUUCAAGAUGUUGGGCAAAUUUGUUGCACGAUCAAUGCUCGAUUCGCGCAUCAUCGACGUUUCCUUCAACCCCACUUUCUUCCGCAUUGGCGCUGGCAACUCUGCUGUUAAGCCCUCCCUGGGUGCCGUCGCUUCGGUGGACAGAGACCUUGCCAACUCGUUGAGACCACUCGUACGCUGCGCCAGGGCAAAGCAGGCCAUCCAAGAAGAUGGCAACCUCACUGCUGAGCAGAAGUCGCAGGCCAUCAAGAAUAUUAGAAUUGAGAAAGCCUCAAUCGAGGACCUUGGUCUUGAUUUUACUCUGCCCGGUUACCCUGGAGUCGAACUCCAGCCCAACGGAUCUGAGAUCGAUGUGACUAUCGAGAACGUCGAAUUGUAUGUCGAGAAGGUCAUCGACUUUACUCUCGGAUGUGGUGUGCAGAAGCAAGUCGAUGCUUUCAGUGCUGGCUUCUCUCAAGUCUUCCCCUACUCGGCCCUCAAGGCAUUCACACCUGACGAGCUGGUGAUGCUCUUCGGUCGCGCAGAUGAAGACUGGUCCCUUGAAACACUUAUGGAUUCGAUCAAGGCCGAUCACGGUUUCAACCUCGACAGCGCAAGCGUCAAGAACCUUCUGCAGACCAUGUCUGAGUUCACCCUGCCUGAGAGACGCGAUUUCUUGCAAUUCGUCACUGGUAGCCCUAAGCUUCCUAUUGGAGGAUUUAAAUCGUUGACCCCCAUGUUCACGGUGGUAUGCAAGCCCAACGAGCUUCCACUGAUACCCGACGACUACCUACCCAGUGUCAUGACGUGUGUCAACUACUUGAAGAUGCCCAACUACAGCACUCAAGAGGUGCUCAGGGCCAAAUUGAGUGUCGCAAUCAAGGAAGGACAAGGAGCAUUCCACUUGUCCUAGAUACGAAAGUGGAGAAACAUCAGGGGCUCAUAUGAGGAGUUUCAAUGGGCGAAGGGCCCUGGAGAUGGAUUAUUGCCACGGAGUUUGGGAUGUUUCUUUUUCGGAUGGAUGGAGGAAUCAUUCAUCACAUUGCCCAAAUCGGUGGCUCUGCAUAGUACCGGCGUCACCACCAAUUCAAUCGAAUUCAAGAUUACGAAUACAUUACUCUUAUAGCAGAUAGCUACCGAAACCAACGUUUCUAAGUAUUGUUCAC